AUGGCAGGGCGCCGCCGCUGGCCACCAGGCCAGGCCAGGCCGCUGGUAGUCCAAGCUCGACCUUUCUCCCCUAGGUGCAACUUCAUCUCCUCCUCUCCCCUCCCUUCCCCAGCGCGCCUUCCCAGGCUCGAAAGCCUAUCGCGCCCCUACGGCCUCGUCUGCGGCGUCCCCUACACCGCGCUCCCCAUCGCUGCCGUUCUCUCCGUCGACCGCUCCAUCCCCAUGCUCAUGCGCCGCAAGGAGGUCAAGGCCCACGGCACCGCCAAGUCCAUCGAGGGCUCCUUCCGCCCCGGGGACACCGUCCUCAUCAUCGAGGACCUCGUCACCAGCGGCGCCUCUGUGCUCGAGACCGCCGCCCCGCUCCGCGCCGAGGGGCUCGUCGUCGCCGACGCCGUCGUCGUCGUCGACCGCGAGCAGGGCGGGAGGGAGAACCUCGCCGCUAACGGGAUCACGCUCCACUCGCUCAUGACCCUCACCGAGGUGCUCGCCGUGCUGCUCAAGCACGGCAAGGUGACCGAGGAGAAGGCACAGGAGGUGAGGCAGUUCCUCGACGCCAACAGGAAGGUGGCGGUGCCGGGGGCGGCGCCUGUUAAACCCAGGGUGCUCAGGAAGACAUUUUCGGAGAGGGCGAAACUGGCCGCCAACCCUAUGGGGAAGAAGCUCUUCGAGCUGAUGGAGGCCAAGCAGACCAACCUGUGUGUCGCUGCUGAUGUUGGGACAGCAAAGGAACUCCUUGAGCUGGCUGACAAGGUCGGCCCUCAAAUUUGUAUGUUGAAAACCCAUGUGGAUAUAUUGUCUGAUUUUACACCAGAUUUUCGCUCUAAGCUCCGCUCGAAGCGCAUGCCCUCGGAGUCGUCGAUGUCCGACAGCGGCUUCGUCUCCUGCGGCGUCGGCGAUGACGGCGCCACCAGCACGGGCUCCCCGCGCCGCACCGUGAACGGCGGCAGAGACGAUGCCAUUGCCAUGACGCGUACGAACGUGAUCAGCUGA